AUGUCGAACGUUCACAGAGCUCCGGAAGUGAUUUUAAGGUCAAGCGGGGACUACAAGGUGGAUAUAUGGAACAUGGUUGGCCCCCGCCCCCCCGAAUUCCGGGAACAGAGACCCCUCAGCUCGGCCUUCUGGGAUGAGUCGGGGAACUGGAAAGAUGUUGCCCCUAUUCCAGAUAUUACGCUCGAGAGCCUGGGAGAAGAGGUGGAAGGGGAAGAUAAAGAAGGGUUUUUGCGGUGGCUCCGCAUGGCCUUGCAGUGGAGCCCCGAGGACCGGCCCACGGCUUUGGAACUCCUAUUCGAUGAGUGA